ACACAAUGCACUGUGAAAGCCAUGAGGCAUGAUUGGCCAAAGUCACAGCGGCUCAUGGCUAAGUCCACACCCCACACUAUAUAAGGCUGCUUACACAGCAGCCUUGUGUAGUGUGCAGGGGGGCGGACUGACCACUUGGAAACUCGGGCACUGCCCGAGGGCCCAGGGUCAGUAGGGGGCCCCAUGAGAUGCCCCUGGUACCUUUUUCAUAGGCUUUUUUGAGUGUGGUUUGAGUGUGGGCAAGGACACAGGGGCCCCAUGAUCCCCUAUUGCCCGGGGGGCCCCAU